AUGUCAGGUAUCGAAGUUGCAGGGCUUGUUUUGGCGGUGCUCCCGUUCUUCAUCUCAGCCGCAGAACAUUACAAUGACGGUCUCGAUCCUAUCAGACGGUUUAUCCGGGCACCUUAUGAGAUUCAAAAGAUUGCCCUGGCGUUAAACGACCAGCAAACUAGUCUCCGAUUGAUUUUGAUUCCGUUGUUCGCAAAACUACCAUCGCUCAACGCAGUUCAAAAGGAAGCGCUGAGCGAUCCAAAUGGUGAUUUGAGCAGCUUAUGGGGUGACAAACAGCUAGAGGAGGAGCUCGAAGUUGCUCUUGGUUCUGCUUAUGUGUCCUACAUGAACACUCUAAAUACCAUCGUAACUGCUCUUGUGGACAUUAUCAAGGACAAAAGCCUCAAGCUCAACUCUGCUUCAAAUCAAGAGCAACUUCGAACUCUAUAUAAGGAGGCUUCCAAUAUAGACUGGAGGCAAGGCAGUUUGCAGAGACGGAUAAGGUUUAGUAGAAACGAGAAGAAACGAGCUCGCCUAUUGAAAGAGAUCGAUCAGUGUAAUAAAAACCUGCGGAGAACCUGGUCCCAAGCCGACGCAGCCACACCGUUCCUUGAUUCAUGGAAUAAAAAUAACAAAGAACCAUUACUUAAAGUGAAGGAAUUCGCAGGCUGUCUUCACAGAGCAUUGCUCAAGUGUUGGCAAUGCCAAUGUUGCGCCGCCCAUGAUACACUUCUUCGAAUCGAAAACAGGCAGACGCGAAUGAUUAAAAAGGCAAAAGACACAGUUCGAUUCGACCUAUUGUUUGUGUCAAACGAUGCAACAAGUGCUGCAGGCGAUUCUUCGGCAUGGAAACAAAUGCAAGUUGUGGUGGUUCCAAAGAGUGAACCAUCUUUACAAAAUACACGACCCUCCGCGAUACUUUGGAGUCCCCUAGACCCCAAUACUGGACCCAUCUUACCUAAUGUAUCAGGGCCUCCCGCCAGUGGAAGUUCUUCUGCUAUGAUGACAAGUACACCAAGAGGUCCAGCAUCAAGCUUUAACUUGAAUUCAAGUGAGGAGAUCGAUUAUCAGAAUCUGAAAGCCAUCAAUACUAUUUGCGAGGUUUCAAACAGCCCACAAAGCAUCCAUGAAUGUUUCGGAUUCGUAGUAGAUGAAGCGCGAAAACUCAAAGGCACGUUUGAAGUUCCAAGAUGGCACAAGUCCUUCCCAUCCAGAAUUCUUAACCUCGGCGACCUACUCAAAAGAAUCUCUGGACCUACUUUAUCCGUCGUCCCUACAAGUAGCACGACACUCUUCAAACUUGAGAGAAUCACAUUAGCUGUGAACUUGGCCUCAUCACUACUUCAGCUCCAUGCCACUCCUUGGUUCAAUGAGCGAUGGAACAAAAGCGAGAUCCUGUUCUUGUCUGACAAAAGCAAUCCAAGCAUGCGUCCUGUGGAUAUAGAACGUCCGCUACUUGCCCAUAAGUUCUUUUCCAGCGGUAUUACCAGCCCUACUCCACGGAAUUCGCUUCCCGCUCCCACCCACCCAAACAUUAGUGUCUUAUGCCUCGGAAUAAUGCUCCUAGAACUCUGGUUUGCAGAACCUAUCGAAUCUCGUCGAUUCUCCAGCGAUCUGGUUAACGGUGUUCCAAAUUCAAGCACCGAUCUUAUUGUGGCGGAGAGAUGGGUGAAAGAGAACGGAAAUUUGGAAAAUAUGCCUGCAGGAUAUUUUCAAGCCGUCAGUAGUUGUGUUUUCUGUUUUUUCCAACCUAUGCCUAUAAAUAAAAGUCUGGAAAACCCCGAUUUCAGAGAGGCAAUUUGGCGAAAUGUCGUAGUUCCGUUGGAAAAGGAAUUGCAAACUUGGAAAAAUGGGGGAACUUGA